CUAAAACAAACAGCCAUGAAGACCAUUGCAUUCCUUGCUUUAUUGGUCGUUGUGUGCAAAGUAGAGGCAUCGCAUUUCGUGGUAGGAAAUAUUGCUGACAGAGUGCAGUUGUACCACCAUGAGAGGGUACAAUAUAACGCCAUACCCUUUAUAAAGAGGGUGAAGGAGUUGUUUAAAACUGUCCCGGAACAUAAGAAGAUUCAGGGUAUCCAAGCCCUGGACAUGCUGCAGAGCAAAGCCUCCAUCAACGUCACCGCCGGAGGCGUGGGCCACAGCUUCGUAAAUCUCCGGUUUAAGAGCGAGAGAGGGUUCGGCCUCGAUUACGAUAUUGGGAUAUAUGUUAAUCCUGACUAUUUAUAAUGCAUAGUGAUAGC